AUGGAGCGGGACCCCGGCCCCGAGGGCGCGCGCCGGGCGCUGGGCCGCCUGCUGGAGGCGGUGCUGGCGAGCCGCGGCGAGGCCAACGCCGUGUUCGACAUCCUGGCGGUGCUGCAGUCCGAGGACCACGAGGAGACCCAGGAGGCGGUGCGCGCGUGCAGCCGCCUUUUCGGGGCCCUGCUGGAGCGGGGAGAGCUGUUUGUGGGCCGGCUGCCGUCCGAGGACUCGGUCAUGGCAGGGUCCCAGGGGGCUACGCGCAAAUACAAGGUGUGGAUGAGACAUCGAUACCGCAGCUGCUGCAACCGCCUGCAGGAGCUUCUGGCUCACCCCUCCUUUGAGGUCAAGGAGCUGGCUCUCAGCACGCUCAUGAAGUUUGUGCAGCUGGAAGGAGCUUACCCCCUGGAGAAACCUAAGUGGGACGGCUACUACCUGUUUCCUCGGCAGCUCUUCAAGGCGGUGGUGGAAGGCCUGCUCUCUCCAGAGGACGACUGCUCGCUGCUCCUGUCCCGGUUCCAGGAGUACUUGGAACACGACGACAUCCGCUACCACACGAUGCGGGCAGCCACGGACGUCGUGGGCCGUGUCGCUGACAGGUACCCAGAGGUGCCGCUCACUUUCUGGAACAACACCUUCACGCUGUUGUCGGCUGUGAGCCUCCCCCGCCAGGAGUGUAGUUUCUCCACCUUCUACGUGAAGCACGUGGAGCUGUCGAGCACGUGGAAGGUUGUUCAUCUGAAGGAGCACAGGAAGGCGUUCCAGCUGAUGUGGCUCGGUUUUCUCAGGCACAAGCUGCCUCUCAGCCUCUACAAGAAGGUGCUGGUGGUCAUGCACGACUCCAUCCUGCCGCACCUGGCCCAGCCCAGCCUCAUGAUCGACUUCCUGACCCGUGCCUACGACGUGGGGGGAGCCAUCAGUCUCUUGGCCUUGAAUGGACUUUUUGUCCUGAUUCACCAGCACAACCUCGAGUACCCCGAUUUCUACCGGAAGCUCUACGGUCUCCUGGACCCAUCCGUUUUUCACGUCAAGUAUCGGGCCCGGUUUUUCCACUUGGCCGAUCUCUUCCUGUCAUCCUCCCACCUGCCCGCCUACCUGGUGGCGGCCUUCGCCAAGCGCUUGUCCCGCCUAGCCCUGACGGCGCCCCCCGAGGCCCUGCUCAUGGUCCUGCCCUUCAUCUGCAAUCUGCUGCGCCGGCACCCUGCCUGCCGCGUCCUCGUGCACCGCCCUCUGGGCCCUGAGCUGGAUGCCGACCCCUAUGACCCCGAAGAGGAGGACCCCGCCAAGAGCCGAGCUCUGGAGAGUUCGCUGUGGGAGCUGCAGGCCCUCCAGCGGCAUUACCACCCCGAGGUGUCCCAGGCCGCCAGCGUCAUCAACCAGGCGCUGUCCGUGCCUGAGGUCAGCAUCGCGCCGCUGCUGGAUCUCACAGCAUUUGAGGUCUUCGAGCGGGACCUGAAGAAGAAGGGCCAGGAGUCGGUACCACUAGAGUUCAUCCCCGCGCAGGGUCUGUUGGGCCGGCAGGACGACCUCUGCGCCCAGCACUUCACGCUCAGCUGA